GGAGGGAGGGAAGGAAGGAAGGAGGGAAGGCAGAUGGACGUUAGUAAGAGAUGGAAUGAAUGGAGAAGAUGGAGUGAAUGAGGGAGAGAGGGAGGGUAGAGGGGAUGGAGGGAAGGUGUAUAUGUCGGUUAUGGACGAGAAGGAGUUAAUGGAGAGGUUGGAGGGAAGGAUUGAGUGAAUGAGGGAGAGAAGGAUGAAUUAAGGGAUGGAGGGGGAGGGAGGACCCCCACUACCCCGCCCCCCACAGACGCGGCGGCGCCACAACUUCGCGGCGUCGCCGCUCGGAAGUCGCUCGCUCCCAGAGUCGCUCAAAUCGCCGUGCCAGACAUCGGCGAGUGCCCUUUGAUCCCUUGGGGCCAAAUGACUUCAUAAUUAACCGCCCACCGCAAACAGCCCGGGCUGUCCGCGACCCCCCUUAUAAGGUCCGCCGCCUCCCCAGCCGGGUCCCAGCAGACAGCAGCGCGCACCACAGUACCAUGAAGAAGAGCAUGUUCUCCUCGGUGGAGUGGCUGGCGGGCCUCAGCUGUGGAGAGAAGGAGCGGGGAGCGGUGCAGAUGACGGUGGCUGGGGAGCUGUCGCCAUCCGCUUCCUUCUUGUCAUCACCAUCACCGUCGUCAUCGUCGUCAUCGUCGUCAUACUAUUCCUUGUCAUCAUCAUCUUCGUCGUCGUCGUCGUCGUCGUCAUCAUUCUUCAUCUCGUCGCAGUCAUCGUUGGACGAACAGCGGCGCGCAGGAUCGACCUCGCCUGACUUUCGUCCCAACUCGUGCCCCAGCAGCCCAGGUUCCCAGCACUCGAGCAGAAGCAGUAGCCCCGCGCCCUGCAGCAGCGGCAGUAGCCCCGCAGCAACAGCAGCAGCUACAAGCGUUGGCGUCACGGAUGAGGAGGAGGCGGAGGCGGAGGAGGAGGAGGGAGACGCGCCGCGCCACGGACCGCGCCGCGCCGCCGGCUUCUGCCGCCGCGCGCGCACCGCGUUCAGCACCGCGCAGCUCGCGGAGCUCGAGAGCAGCUUCCGCCGCAGGAGAUAUCUCAGCGUGGCGGAGCGCGGGGAGCUGGGCCGCCAGCUCGGCAUGAGCGACCUGCAGGUGAAGACCUGGUUCCAGAACCGCCGCAUGAAGCAGAAGCGCGAGGAGUUGGGGGCGCGGGGUGGGGGCGCGUUCCCCCACGUCCCCGCCCCCCCGCUGUUCCCCCUCGCCCCGCCCCUCGCCUCGUGGUUGACGCCCCUAGGGGCUCUGACCCCGCCCCUCUCAGCACCCCCCGCGUUCGCAGCCCCACCCUGCUGCCCGUACCUGCUCCUCUACUAGGAGCCCGGACUCGGACCAAAGUGCCGGGGUCAAAAGGGCAGCAACGGGAGCAGAACCCAAAAUCGGACAGCGCUGCUGCUCCUGCUGCUGCCCUCUGUGGUGCGAUAUACGGAGAUGGGGGGGGUGAAGGGAUACGCGGAGGGAGAUGGAGGAAGAGAGGCAACGAAAGGUUGAGUGGGACAUUGAGGGAGAUAGGGGAGAGUUAUUGACCCACCAGCCCUAACCAUGACCCUGGCUAGCCCCUGCUCCGCUGGCGGCGUCUGUGUGUCUGGAGACGGAGUUCGCUGCUUCGGGUCGCACGCCGCUCCACGGGCAUCGCGCGUGGUGCGUCAAAGCGUGGGUAAUUCCCCGGCUCUUCCAAGAACGUCUGGCCAGCGUGGAAGAGUAGGCCAAACACGCCCUGUGGCUCCACGUUGGUGGAAACCUUAUCUGCCAGCAGGAGUGUGAGCGGGCCAUUACUGGGCUGCACCUUAAUAUUAAUUACGUGUCUUUGGAUGUACUUGGCGUGAUGGAAGGAGGUUUGUGUUACAAUAAUUACGGAAAUCGUGCAAUAUCGGCGAGGUUUUUCUUUCGUAUGGCUGCUAAUGUAGAUGCAGAGCUACUGACUGGAAUUUCACAUUCAGGUGGUCAAGCCAGACAACCGCGUCAGGAGUAAACGGAAUGUAAUCGCUGUGAUGUCCCCGCCGUAACUGUGGAUCGGGGCAUUGCGUUGUACGGUCUGUUCUGGAUGACCACAGUCGCACACUACUGGAGAGUUUUUUUUUUAAUUGCACAUUUGUGCAUCAGGUAUCCGCAUCUGCUGCUGCCAUGCUUUGUGCAGUGGGUGAUGCGGUUUAGGGGGAGGACCAUGGGGCUUCGUGGAAGAUCAAACCGCGUCAGGAGCCAGCGGAGUGUAUAUCGCUGUGAUUUCCCCUUCGUAUUUGUGGAUCGGGGGCAUUGCGUUGUUAUACGUUGUUAGGGUCCCGUUCUGGAUGACCACAGUCGGCGAAGUUUGAACCCCCCCCCGCCCCCCACGUCGCUCUCUCAAUCGGUUAAUUGUCUAUCGACGGGGUCACGCAGUGACCUCUUUCAACGUGGUGGGAUCUGGCGAGGUCAGACUGUGGGCCCCCUUCCUUUCUCCCGACUCACUUUCACUGAAAUAGCCACGGAUGUGUUUAAACCCGUACACAAAAAACAAUGUGUAGGCUACAACUGUUUACUGUCAUUAUAUUAGUUUUCGUUGCGUCGUGUAUUGGGUUUUAAGGAAGACCGUUCCACAGUGACGGUAUUAAUAAAUACAAAUGUCAAGGUUACAAUACUCACAAUUAAGUUAUCAUGCGUCUUGCUUUAAUACCGCCCCCAAAGGGGGGGGGGGGGGGGUCGCUCAACUUGAUGCUCCUCUGUUGAUACGAUAGCCAGAUGCGUUCAUCCGUUAAUCGGGCUUGGUGCACGGUAGACCACAGGUUAAUUUUAACGAGUGAAUGUUUUAAAAUUAUUUUCUUAACAUGUUGUUACUUGUUUAGCUGUUGAUUCAGGGCGCCCGUGUGGCUGACUUGGCCCCUGUGCGUCGCAUCACGUUGCGUUACCCCCCCCCCAUAUUUGCCUAUCGACGUCUCGCAACAGUAUUCUGUGUUUACAUUUGUUUCGUUUGUUCUGUUCCCAUUGUUUACGUUUUUGUUUGUAAAUUUUAAUGCACGGGUCGCCUCCAACCCCACGUGAAUUUUCCUGUUUGGUAAUUAUUAUAAUUGUUAAUUUC